UCUUAUCAGUUUCCAUAAUGAAAGGAUCGUCAAUGUAGCGCUAAUAUCAAGUUGCGCUAAAGUAGUCAAUUUUUUACUGUAAUAUGAAGUGAGAAUUUAUUCAAUGAGAAUACUUUUUUAAAUUUAUGUACCUAAUAGUUUUUAGAAUUUUGUUAUUUAAUUAAGAAAGUGCUAGACUUUAUUUUAAUGAUUGAAAUUGAACAAAAGUUGGUUUUAAUUAAGUUUGAGUCCUUGGAAUUGGAUUUUUUCAAAUUGGUACCUAGUUCUGGAAAGUGCUGGAUAUCUAUAGUUGGACUAACAAUACAAUUAUUUUUCGAUUUCCUUCAUCCUGAUAAGGAGGAAAAUGCUACAAUAGCCAAUCAGAAUGCUGGAUUUCAACGGGAAUUUGGCUGUCAUCUGCCUUUUGUUACUAGUGUUCAUUAUUAGUACAGUCAACAGCCAAGUUAAUAGCGUUGAAUUCGUGUCCCUCUAUCACAAUAAAUCGCAUCUUGACGUCACUUUACAUUCGUUAGCCAAUGAGCAUCCAGAUAAGGCCAGACUCUAUUCUAUAGGAACUUCAAGGAGAGACACGGACCUUUGGGUGCUCGAGUUGAAUGGAAACCUGGCGGAGUUGAAUUCAGCCAAUGGCGUUCUCGGAGUGCCUCAUGUUAAACUGAUCGGCAAUAUUCAUGGCAACGAACCAGUCGGCCGAGAAAUGAUUUUGCGGCUAGCAAAGCACCUAUUGGAAAACUAUACAACCGAUAGUGAGGUGAAAUGGCUGAUGGACAAUACAAGGAUUUCACUGCUUCCAUGCCUCAACCCGGAUGGAUUUGAAAUCGCCGAAGAAAAGGAGGAACUUGAUGACUGCCGGCACGAUACAUACGUAGGAAGUGGAAAUGGAAUUGGAGUGGACCUCAACAAGAAUUUCCCGGACUAUUUUCGGAAAAAUCAAUUCCGAGAUGAGCCAGAAACCGAGGCUUUGAAACAAUGGAUGUACACCAACAACUUUGUGCUGUCUGGCAGUCUUCAGGAUGGUGCUCUAAAAAUCACUUAUCCCUUCAACUCUCUAGAAUCAUCCCAUUUGUGGUCACACAUCCUGAAUUCGACGAUUCCUCGGAGCGGAUCCAAUCAUAAUACCAGCAGAAUGCAUAGAAUCAACCACAUUCCUCGCGAAAGGCAUAAAACAGCAAAAGAGGUUGCUCAUUUCUUUAACGAAUGGCAAUUAGAGAGAAAAAAUACGAGAAACCCAACACCCGACGAUGACGUUUUUGAGGCACUGGCACAACUUUACGCGAAAGAAAAUCCGAAAAUUAACGAACCCUGCUUCAAUCAAAAAGGAGGGGUCAUCAAUGGUGCAGCCGAUCAACACUCGGUUGGAACCAUGGCCGAUUACAACUACCAUGCCCAUGGCUGUAUGGAGUUGACAUUGAAAAUUUCUUGCUGUAUCUAUCCACCUUCUGAUCAGUUGGAAAUACUAUGGAAUGAGAAUAAGGAGGCUCUAAUGAAGUUUAUGGCACAAUCACAUAGAGGAGUGAGAGGUGUGGUGAGAAACGAAGAUGGCCAGCCAAUAGAGUUCGCGAAAGUUGUGGUCAGAGGUCGUGAGUUUCCUACAAAUACCACAAAAAGAGGCGAGUUCUGGAAAGUAUUGACUCGAGCAGGACUUUAUACACUACGGAUCACCGCAGACGGCUACGAAACAAUCGACCGACAUCCAUUCGUAGUACCACACGUACAGAACAUUUCCCGUCCCAACUACAUUUGGCUCGACAUUACAAUGAAACAAAGCAAAACGGGCGAUCCACAAGAAAACACCGAAAAAGUUCCAUCUUACAAACCUCCAGCUGAUGAAGAUAACGGAGUAGAACUGUUGAAUUGGCCGGCGAAAAACAGGCGACCGGAAAACUUGGCUGCCGAUUCCGAUGGGCAGACAACUGAGUCUAGCCAAUUCGAAGAACUGAACACAGGUGCAAGCACCUCCCAACAAACGAACUGGGACCUUUUGACUAACAACUACGCCAUCAUUAUGAUUGUGUUCGGAUUGAUUGCUCUGAUUCUCGUUGUCGCCCUCAUUUGUACGGAACAGUUUAGUGCUAGAAGUUUCAAAUAAAAUAUGUUUUCAGA